UGACUUUGUCAAGAUCGCCCCAAGAAGCCCGGCUGGCUUCGACAAGAACCAGCAUCUGCGCCUGAAGGUUGUUACGAACAGAGCGGACGUUCCUGUUUUCAAGUUGGACAAACUCCCUGACAGACAUCACUCCACGACAUCAUCCCUAGAUGUUUCCACCAGACGACUGGAAGGAAGCUUUUGCAGUUUCUGCAGUGACGCUGAACCUGGCUGCAUUCAGGACGCAGUGGACAACGAAGGGUCGGUUCGCACCCGAGCCAUCGAGGAGUAUUUGUCAACCUGUUACUCAAUGAGGACAGCUCCCAUCACAAAGUUAGUGCAAAACUUGAGCUCCCUCCACAGGAUCGAUUUGAAAAGUCGGGGGAUGGGGAACCGUGGGUGCGUCGCUCUCGCCUCCUUCGUGCGGGCCAACACAAGCCUGGAGGUGCUGCACCUGGAGGACAACAACAUCGGGUUGGAAGGCUUGACUGCCAUGUCCAAGGCGAUUGCGCAAUCGAAGAGUGUCAGAGAGCUAUACUUGAGCUCCAACAACCUUGGAGAAGCCGGAGCUCAACUUCUUUCUUCGUGUCUGUCGGGCAAUGAGACUGUGAGAGUUCUAGGGUUGAGAUCGAAUGCCAUCAGCGACCAUGCAGCUUCCGGCCUGUUCGAAGCGCUGGCAACCAUCAUUUCGCUCGAGGAGCUCGACCUUACGUGGAACAGCCUCCGCAAUGGUGAUGCGCUGGUGAAGUUGCUGCAGAGCAGCAAGUCUAUAAAAGCUAUUCGUCUUGCCUGGAACAGAUUCGGUUCAGCAGGAGCGAAGGCUCUAGCUCUUGCUCUGCGUGCAGGGUGCAGCGUUACGAAACUCGAUCUGUCUAAGAACGAUGUAGGGCUUGACGCUUGUGAGUUCUUCGCACGGACGCUGUCCAUGAACACAAGCCUUCUGGACUUGAACCUUAACGGCAAUCCCAUUGGUAUGGAAGGCGUCCUACUCCUGCUCAGUGGAAUUAUGCCGGAAUCGCCGCUCCGAUCGAUCUACUUCGCAGAUUGUGGCGUUGGAAGCAAGGGAAAGAUAGCGAUUCGCGCCUUAGAAACCGGGGGAGGGAAUGUCGAUGAACUACGAAAGCUGUGCCCCGAGCUGCUGGGAACGCUUAAGCCCCUCGUUGUGAAGAAACCAGCCAAGAAAGCAAGCGAUCCAUUCAGACAGAAAGAGUGGGUGUCGACGAAACCUCUGGCUGUGGCGUACGUUCGGUGAACUCAGCGUGAGUUCAAGAAUUGCUUGACGAAUUGCUGUGUACAUGUUGCAUGCCAAAUUAGUUGCUGGAAAAUAUGACGUGAUAGACUUUGGACGGUGAGAUGAUCUCUUCUUUAACACACUACACAAGUACACUUUUCGCUUUUUAUUCCUAAAGUUGAAAUAUUUCAUGAUUUAAGAACGAGGCUUCUCCUUCUUCUCCUUG